AUGGCGUAUCAUAUGGCGCAUAUGAUCUCCAAUCUUCUCCGGAACCCCAGUUUCGAGGCCGCAACCUUCCCCACGCAACCCCCGCAUUGGCGCGCGUGGGGACGGGUUGCCCACAUUUGCCCCGCUUCCGCUCCCCCGCCAGCCUCCCUCGCGGAGGCGGCGGAAGCCGCCGCAACCACCGCGCCCUUUCACGGCGCGUGCGCGCUCGAGAUUGCGGGGUGCGACGCGAGGAAUGCUGGCAAGGGGGCGAGCGGGAAACGCGGGUGCAGCUGGGGGGGUGUGUCGCAGCGCGUUCCUACUCGCCGCGGCACGCGCUACCGACUGACUUUCUUCUUUGCUGCCCGGGCUGCCCGGCAGCGGUCCGUCAAUCUGCGCGUGCGCUUCGGGCGGGAGAGGGCGCGGUUCGCGCUGCCGGCGGCGGCCGUGGCGCGCGGAGCGGCGCCGUCGGUGCUGGGAGGAUGGAGCAUGGGUUCCGUGGAUUACGUGGCGGAGAACGCGACGACGGUGGUGAAAUUCGUCGUGGCCAUGGCGGAUAACAGCACCGUGAUUGACGGCGUCUCGGUCGUUGCUCUCCCGAGAAUAGCGAGCGUGCGUGUAGGCAGCAAGUUAAAGUCCCUUCUAGCAGCCAAUGCUGCCUCCGUCCUGCCUCCUCCACCCGCAAACCCAGCCGCUGCUUCUGCUUCUGCCAGUGCUGCUGGUGGUAGUAGUAAGCUUGUGGACGGGGCAUCGCACAAUGUGUGGGUGGAGCACUGUGCGUCCUCCCACACUCUCUCCGUAAGCUUCACCCGCCCCCGAGCCACUGCCCACCAGUGCCCGCUGGCCUUUGAAGCAGAGCAACAGAGAGCGUGGGAGCGGCGGCAGGGCCGGCAGGUGCAGCACUCCCGCAUACUCACUGUGCAGCUAGACCUAUGUGACGCCCUGGGGGGGGGGAGGAGUUUUGAGGAGGAGGUGGAGGCGUAUGCACGGCAUGGGCAUGUGCACUUGGUGCCGGUGGUGGGGUACUGCUGUGAGGGCCAUGAGCACAUGGUGGUGUAUCAGAUGCUGCCGCAUGGGUCGCUACGAGACAACCUGCAUGCUCCCUGCGAUUCACCCAUGUCAAUGGAGCAGCGCUUGCGCAUAGCAGUGGGCGUGGCGGAGGGACUAGCCUUCAUGCACCAGCAGCACCCGCCACUCAUCCACCGCAACCUCAAGCCCUCCAACAUCAUGCUCACGCCCUCGCUGCAGCCGCAAAUCGGUGACUUUUGUUUCGUGCAUCACGAUGGGGAGGGCCGCAUCAACGCGGUACCAGAGGCAGUGCAGCAGGAGGGGUACCGUGACCCUGCCAUUGCUGACCUGCACCUGCCCACACAGGCCCUCACACCACAACACACCGAUGUGUACAGCUUCGGAGUGAUUCUGCUGGAGCUGCUGACAGGGCGGCUGGCAGUAGUGCCAGACCCAGAGAACCCCUCGGAGAUGAUGGUCAUCACAGACUGGGCGGUGCACUACAUAGCAGAGGGGGAGGUACACCUAAUCAUCGACCCCCGGGUUUUCUCCCCAGAUCUCACCCCCGCCUUCCAAACCCUUGGGGAAAUCGCUUCUGCAUGCGUCGCCGCCCCUGCUGCCGCCCGGCCGAGCAUGGAUGACGUGGCACGGCAGCUUGCUGACGUGUACGCGGAGUAUUUUCAAGGAGAGGGCGAGGGAGAGGGGGGUAUGAUGGAGGGGGGGAUGAUUGACGUGUCGCACCAACCAGAGGUGUAG